UAUAAUAUAACAUUGAGAUAAUAACAAAAUCACAAAAAAUUUCAAUAAAUUUCAGUUGUUGUUGCUGUUGAACUUAUCGCGAUACUCGAUUUCCCGGUUUUCGCUUUCAAACUUUUCGCUUUAACGUUCUUUCGCUUUAAAACUUUUCGCUCUUACCUCCCAUUACCAUAAUUUUCGCGCUUACUCAAAAAUCUGGCAUUUUCCUCAAAAUAAAUAUAGUUAAGUUAAAUACAGUUGUAUAUAAUUAAUUAAAAUAUAUUUUUUAAUUUCAUUUAUUAAACAUGAGUUCACAAAGAACAAAACAACGAAAAAUUGCUGCGGUGGUGCAAAAAAUUGUCGAAGAAGCUUCUUUAAGUAGUUACGAAUUAGUUAAUGAAAUAUUUGUGGAGAACAAUAAUAUAGAUGAAAGUUCACAUGAAGGUUCAAAUAUGAAUGAACACCAAAACAAAAACAAUACUACAGAAUUUUAUGAUAAUAAUGAUUGGCUUGCACGUUCCAAUGAUGAUUCUGAUAAUGAAGAGAUAGAGCAACUAAACCCAAACAAAAAAAGCUUAAACAAGGAUCUAGGAAAAUGGGCAGUCAGUUAUAAAAUAUCUCACAAUGCAUUAGACAGUUUACUACAGGUUCUGAGAAAAAAUGGAUCAGAUUUGCCUAAAGAUUCUAGAUCACUUCUACACACAAAGAGGAAAAUUGAAACCAAAUAUGUUGCAGGUGAUUUUAUUGAUGAAAUGUAACGUUUUCAAGAAGUUGGUGUUAUAUGUGACAAGACUAAAAAAGCAUUCAAAAUAAAGUUAGAAGCAGUUAUUUGUGAUGCACCAGCUCGGUCAUUUGUUAAGUGCGUUAAAACACAUAAUAGAUACAAUUGUUGUGAACGAUGUAUUCAACCUGGCUAGUGGUAUCAAAAAAUAGUUUUACAAGACUUAUCUGCUCCAUUAAGGACUAUUAUAGACUUUUUAAAUUAACAUGAUUCAGAACACCAUAACGCAAUAUCUCCUUUUUCAAAGCUAAAUUAUAAUAUGGUAAGUGGUUUUCCAAUAGAUUAUAUGCAUUGCAUUUGUUUGGGUGUUGUCAGAAGAAUUUUAAACUUAUGGAUUUGUGGCCCACCUUCAAGUAGGUUGUCUCAAAAUAUUAUUUCAGUAAUUUCAGAAAAACUGGCAGCUUUGAGACUGUAUAUUUCAAAAGAGUUUUCUAGAAAGUCUCGUUCAUUAUCAGAAUUUAGAUGAUGGAAGGCUACUGAGCUCCGUCUUUUUUUGGUUUAUACAGGGCCAGUGGUUUUAAAAGGACUGCUGUUACCAAAUCAUUAUCAAAAUUUUAUUGACUUAUCUGUUGCUGUAAGGAAUUUGUUGUGUUCUUCUUUACUUAAACAUUAUGCUGGGUAUGCUGGUCAGUUGUUACAAUAUUUUGUGCAGACUUUUGAAGAGUUGUACAGUAGAGAUCAGCUAGUAUACAAUGUUCAUUCAUUAAUACACUUAGCUGAUGAUGCAAAACACUAUGGUGCUCUUGAUAAUUGCUCGUCCUUCAAAUAUGAAAGUUAUCUUGGUCAAUUAAAAAAGCUUGUUCGCAAGGCCCAGUCACCUUGUUCACAAAUUGCCAAAAGAAUUUUUGAAAAUGCAGAUUUUUUGAAAAUGCAGAUUUUUAUACCUGUCAGCGUAUUCAUUCUGUUGGUUUUAGUAAACUGCACACUGAAGGUCCUGUAAAUAUUACUCUGAGCCAUUAUCUUCAAUUCAAACAGUAUCAGAACAAAAAGUAUUUUAUGUCUAACAGUGUCAGAGAUAAUUGCUUCAAAAUAUGUGGUAAAAUUGGAAUUGUUAAAAAUAUUUUAAAACCAACUGCCACCAAUGAUAAUGAUUAUAUUCUUUUUGAGGCGUUUGCUUACAAAGAAUCUUUUUUUAAAGAUCCAUGUGAUUCUCAGAAGUUAAAUAUUUAUAUGGUUGAGAGAACUAAUGGUUUAUAUGAGUGUUUGCCGCUAAGUGACACAGUGAAAAAAUGUCUUUGUUUACCGUAUAAAAAUGGAUUUAUUGUAAUGCCGCAAUUGCACUAUUGAAACAUUUUGAAAUUUUGUAUUUGUUUUUUUUUAUAUUUAAUUUUCAUAUUAUCAUAUUUUUAGAUGUUUAACCACAUCAGUACCACUAACUUGUAAUAUUAGUUAUAAAGUGUAUAUAUGUAUGCAAUGUUUAUUACGUUGCUCUCAAU